ACCCAUCACCAGCUCCAAGAACGACCAGCUCGACCGAGUCAGACAUGCGUAAGUCACUUCCACUCCCACCGAACUUCAACUCACGUUACUUACACACUAUAUAGCUUGAAGAAAGCCUCCAUCAUCCCCGACAUAGUCGAUGACUUCCACCCAAAAUGCUUCAUUCUCCCCACCUACGGCCACGGCAAACAUUCACAGCCCAUUUUCCCAGGCAAGAAGCUCAAAGUAUCCAAGACCAAGGAAAAGCCUUCUCUCAAGGUGUAUUGUCCGGACAUGAAGUCUACGACCGGCCUGACAAUUGCACUUACGGAUCCGGAUGCGCCGUCGAGGGGAUUUCCGAAAUGGAGUGAAAUGUGUCAUUGGAUCGCACCAGUCUCCGAAGCCGUGAGACUCCUUGAAUCAGAUUUUGCCUCGAGAUUCGAAUUUGAUAUCGAUACCACAAAAGUCGAGGAUUUAGUCAAAUACAAAGCACCAGGCCCACCCCCAAGAACAGGCUACCACCGCUACGUCUUCAUCCUCCUCGAAGGCCCCAACACAAAUCUCACCCUCCCAGAAACACGCCAACACUGGGGAACCGGUAAGGAAGGCCAUGGUGUUAGAGAUUGGGCGAAGACGGAAGGGUUAGUGGUCGUUGGAGGGAAUUAUUUCAAGGAGAAGCAGUGA